AUGGGUGCCUAUAGAUUGAGAAUUGGAUCGUGGAAUAUAGGGACAUUGACGGGUAAGUCUAUAGAGCUGGCGAAGAUUCUCCAGAAAAGAAAGGUAAAUAUAGCUUGUGUUCAGAAGACUAGGUGGGUAGGAUCGAAGGCGAGGAAUGCCGACGGGUAUAAGUUGUGGUACUCUAGAGGCGUGAAGAGAAAGAACGGAGUGGGUAUUUUGGUGGAUAGGGAGCUUAGAGAGUCAGUGGUAGAGGUUAGGAAUGUGAGCGAUAGAUUGAUGGCGAUUAAGUUAGUAGUUGGACGAAGCACUCUGAAUGUUAUUAGUGCUUACGCGCCGCAAGUGGGUUUAGACGAAGAGGUUAAAAGGCGAUUUUGGGAGGAGUUGGAUGAGGUGGUGCGGGGUACUCCGCCUACAAAGAAUGGCUAUGGUGAGGUACACGGCGGCUUCGGCUGUGGGGUUAGGAAUGGAGGAGGCACUUCACUGUUGGAUUUCGCUAGAGCUUUUGAGUUGGUGAUCGUGAACUCUAUUUUUCCGAAGAAGGAGAAGCAUUUGAUUACUUUCCGGAGUAUGGUGGCUAAGACUCAGAUUGAUUAUCUUCUCCUCGGGAGGUGUGAUAAGGGGCUAUGCGAGGAUUGUAAGGUGAUCCCGAGUGAGAACCUCGCGACAAAACAUAGACUCUUGGUGAUAGACAUCGGUAUCUUGAUAAAGAGGAAGAAGAGGUUUGUACGGGGUCAACUAAGGAUCAGGUGA